AAGACCCUCCGUCGAACACGGACGUCGUCCCCAUUUUUUCUCGCCCUCGGUGCGUCGUCGUGUGGUCUGUGCCCGUGAAGACGUCGUCGGUCCUGAAACAAGAAGACGGAAGUGUCAUGCCACCGGGCCCGGAUAGUCGGAGUGGCCACCCGUAGCCGGAUGUGACGACGACAGGCGGUGCUGGUCGAUUCCUGUCGCCCCCCCAGAGGAGGAAGGUUUUUUCGCCUUCUGGGAGCAGCAGCAGCAGCCAUUUCUUUUGGUGGCGGAGCGCGUUUCUCCGCGCGAGAGCAGCCUUCUUUGGUUGCUCGCGUGUGUGUAUGUGUGUGUUUGUGCUGCACUGGUGUGAGUGAGAAGGCGCACACGUCCAGAAUAUCUCACUCUACGAAGAAGAAGAAGUAGCAAACCGUGGAAGAGUGCGCGCCGUGCUGCCGGAAGAUUUUUAUUCUCAAAACCAUCAACGAAAGUGUGUGUGUGUGUGUAUGUUUGUGUGCACACACGGUGUGCGCAAUCCAGAUAGUGUGCGGUGAGGGGGUGGAAGCAAGUGGGGGAGUAGUGACGGUAGUUUACAGCUUUGAGCAGUGAAGGAAAGAAAAAUAACAGUGAAAAAUACAAAAAAAAACAUACACACGGGCACGUCGAAGAGAGUUCCCACCCCGUGAGUGAAUGAGGGUGGUGUUUGUGGGUGUGUUUUGAAGGGAACAACAACAACAACCAGAGUGGAGUGUUUUGGAUAAGCGGAAGUUAAGCCCUACUGGCUGUUGAGGGACGGCGAUAAGGGCAGAUGGUUGGAUUAAGAAGGAACGCCAGAGGUGGCAGAGGACAUCGCGACGAUGAAGCUGUUUGCCACCGCGAUGGACGAUGCUGAGGCGAGGAGCAAUAGAUUGCCAUUAACAAUGCUACCAAUAUCUGGGAAAAGGUUGCCUUGAAGAUUGAAUACUCUACGGACGGAAGAAGGAAGAAGGAACGGUGUAAACAAUUAUUUAUUUUUAAGAGUGUGACAAGAGAACAAAACAAAACGCAAAGCAAAAAGAUGGCAACACCAAACUACAAAGAGCUUAAGCUGCAGUCGCCGGCCGGCGCGGAACCGUUCCUGUACAACUGGCCGUUCUCGAUCGGCGGCGGCCACGACAACGGCAUCGAGCUGAUCGAGAACGUGCGGUGGGUGUGCGAGGACAUGCCGGAGAUCAAGUCCGCCAUCGAGGAGAUCAACCUGAACGAGCUCGACACGGGGGACUUUGACGCGAUGAAGAACCUGUGCGAUCGGUUCAACAAGGCCAUCGACAGUGUGGCGGCGCUGGAAAAGGGUACCUCGCUUUCGAGUCAGCGGUUUACGUAUCCCUCGCGGGGUCUUCUGAGGCACAUCAUUCAACAGGUGUACAACCAGGCGGUUGUAGAACCGGAAAAGUUAAACCAGUACGAACCGUUUUCACCUGAAGUGUACGGCGAAACGUCGUUCGACUUGAUCUGCCAGAUGAUCGAUCAAAUUAAGAUAACCUCGGACGAUGUGUUUGUGGAUCUGGGCUCGGGUGUGGGGCAGGUCGUCCUGCAAAUGGCCGCCUCAACGCCGGUAAAGGUGUGCUACGGAAUCGAGAAGGCGGACGUUCCGUCUCGGUACGCCGAAGGAAUGAACGCCACGUUCAAGAUGUGGAUGCAUUGGUUUGGGAAAAAGUACAGCGACUACGAGCUGAUCAAGGGUGACUUUCUGGCCGAUGAACAUCGGGAGAAAAUAACCGCUGCGACGAUCGUGUUUGUGAACAACUUUGCGUUUGGACCGAACGUCGAUCAUCAGCUGAAGGAGCGAUUCGCGGAUUUGCGCGAUGGCGCAAGGAUAGUGUCGUCGAAAAGUUUUUGUCCGUUGAAUUUUCGAAUAACUGAUCGAAAUCUAAGUGACAUCGGGACGAUCAUGCACGUUAGCGAAAUGUCCCCACUGCGCGGGUCCGUGUCUUGGACCGGAAAACCCGUAUCGUACUAUUUGCACAUAAUCGAUCGCACCAAACUGGAGCGGUACUUCCAGCGAUUGAAAACAAAGGGAGGUGACAACGAGGGACCCACCAGCAGUACAACUACUCGAGCGUCCCGCUCGAAGAAGGACACGGUCCCGAAACAGCCAGUCAACAAUGACGAAAGCACGUCGGAUAGCGAUGCGGACGAUCCCGGACCUACGCAAGCUCCUCCACCUCCGCCCAGGAAACCGUGGUCGGGUUGGUGUAGUGGCAAAGAAAAGAGCAGCCAAUCCGAGGAGGAAAAUAACAACUCUCCGGUGCUCCGGAACGGCCGCAUUCCGGUGGCAACGAAGAAGCGAAGGAAAAUCACCCGGACGAAAACUGCCAAGAAAGAACCGGUGGCGCCAAAGGACAUGGUUGAUAUCAUCAUACCACAAAUGCCCAUUGAUGCACAAGGCGUUGGCGCGAAGAAACGUGGCCGCGGAGUCAAGAAGGGACGACAGCGGCGGGCACUCAAGAUCAACGGUCUCGAUUUGCUGCACAGCGAAACCCUGCUAAGUACCUCAGAUCAAGCAAUCGGCAAGCGGCUUCCACCGGCGCCGGGCUGCGUCGAUCAGCUGCUCACUUCGCUAGCUGGAGACAUGCAGCACACCGAGCUGGACAUUCCGGAAGCACCCUCGGAAACACCGUACGCAUUACAGAUUCUACUGGACCUGUUCAAAACUCAGUUUAUGAAAGCAAUCGAAUCCUUCCGAAAACCUUCGUACAAGGAUAACGUUCAGCAGCAGAUCGAACGCGAAAAGGAACGCAACCAACGGCUGCUGAAUCGCGCCGGUCAGCUGGAAAAGCAAAUCAAAGUCCUCAUCGAUGACAGCGUGGCCCUGCUAAAGGCACGCAUGAACGAACUGGGCAUUAGCACAACCAGUCAGAACGAUCUGCUCUGCAAAGCGAAGGAAAUCGUCGGACGACACAAAGAACUCCAGGUGAUGGCAGCAAAACUGCAAAGCCAAGUCACCACCAUCGAGCAGGAGCAGAAACGGAUAGUGAUGCAACACAUGCACCGAAUCGCCGACAAGUACAUCAAGACCGAAGAGGUCGAGCUAACACCCAAGACUUCCCAGGAAAUGGUGCUAAAGGAGAUCGCCAACACGCUCUCCCAAAGAAAGAAACUGUGCGCGCAAGUUUCGUCGCUCGAAAACGAACUCAACAUAAUCGACAAACUUGCCGAAGAGCGCAAGGCCAACCCGGUUCUAACCGUUACGACAGUCGCUCAGCAGAAGGAACCCUCCCAACACCAACCCCAACCGCAACAACAACAGCAGCAGCAGCAAUACCACCAAUCUCGCGUCGAUCAGCAGCAUCACCACGCGAGAGAACAUCCGGCGACGGUACACUCGUCGCAACCGGCCGCCGCUCACGUGACGUCGCAUCCACCGUCGAAGCACAGUUCCGGGUCGUCGCGGUCACAGCGCAAGUCGCGCGAAAACCGAACCCGCUCGCAAGAGUGGCCGGAAAUUCCCGAUAUCGGAAAGAUCGAGGAAAACAAUCCGGAGAUAUUGGCGCAAAAGAUUCUGGAAACUGGCCGUCAGAUUGAGGCUGGCAAGUUGCGGAAUCAAAAGGAGCGAGAAACGAAGAAUCAUCACAUGCAGCAGCAACAGCAUGCGUCGAUUCCUCCGCAGCAGUCUCAGAUCCAUCACCCGGGCGAUGCUGCGCUCAUGCCGGCCCCACCAACCCUGAACAAAUCCCAUCACCGUAACAGUAACAGCAGCAACAACAACGCAAGCGCAAACAAUACUGCCAACCUAGCGAAAACUUACGUACCUGGUUCAUCUGUCGUCGGGGCAGAAAUGUCGAGCGUCAAGGCGGAACCCCGCGCCAAACUGCAAGACUCGCACAAAGUCGUCAACUUUGAGGAUCGACUCAAGAGCAUCAUCACGUCGGUGUUGCAAGGUCCACCCAAAACAAUCUCCGCUAGCCAGCAGCAGCCACCGCCAACUCAGCAGGUUCAAAUGGUGCAACAGCAGCAGCAACAGCAUCCGCAGAUGAUGCUGGCGCACGGAACGGAACACAUAUCGCCCGGGAAAGGAUCCUCCUCGUACGGUAAAACGGUGUACCUCCAAUCUGGUCCACCGACGAGUUCGAUGCACAGCGGCGGCACCAUCCACGACAUGUCCUCGCGAAGUAGUGGCCAACAUCAGCUACCUCACCCGUCUUCGUCGCAGCCGCCGCAUCAUCUGAACGCCUCGACCACAAUCGCCACCGCUCCCGUAUCGCCGUACAAGGUGGUGCAACCGCACGGCGGUAGCCAAAGUACGAAAAUCUCACCGAGUUCCAAGUACUACCAGAAGGGAAUGUCUGCAAGCUUGAACCACCACUCGCCUGGGGCGGGUGCCGCGAACAACAACACCAGCACUCAUCAGCAGAUCCUGCAGCAACAGGAGCGCGAGGCACGCGAGCGUGAAAUGCGCCAGAAUCCGGUCGUCAUGCAGCAGCACUACGGUGGCCAACCUCAUCCGGCGAUAGAUCCACAUCACCUGCUGCACCGUGGCGGCGUCACCAUGGACGGCAAGCUGGAGUUCAAAGCACCGGAGCAAUCGUACCGGUACGAUCCUCGCAAUCCCGUUGAAGCGCCGAUUUACCAGAGCCACUCGCGAAGUUCUUCGGUCACCUCGUUGGACGGAGACUACCCACCUGGUCCGGGUGGAAACGUGCGCUACAUUGGCGUCCCAACAGCCCAGCAGCAACAGCAGCAGCAACAACGCGAUCGCGAUCAGCGAGAUCAGCAACUCGGCGGAAACAACUCCCGCCCCGGAUCGUCCUCAUCGCAGCCCGAUUAUACGCAGGUGUCGCCGGCAAAGAUGGCUCUCAGAAGGCAUCUUUCGCAGGAAAAGCUGACCCAUCCGGGGAUGCCGGCGAGCGGCGGAGGCGGUUCCACAGUCAAAACCAUCGGCGAUCUGGUAAACGGGGAGAUCGAGCGCACGCUGGAAAUCUCCAACCAGUCCAUCAUCAACGCGGCGGUCAACAUGAGCACGACGGCAAGCCAGGCGGCGGCUGCGAUUCAUACCGUCAUCAAUACGAAUGUGCAGCGACCCGAGCGGGUCAGCAUCCGGGUGCUGGAGGAGCUCGGAUUGAAUGGCGGUGUUCAGACCACGUUCAGUCCGGUUUCGCGCCCCAACAGCAACGAAACGAGCAAAUCUCCGGUGCAUCUGCACGGCCAAAGCAACCUGGCCACGCUGGCCCAAGUUGCCACCUACAACAACAAGAAACCACCGGCGCCAGCGGCGUCCUCCUCGCAGCAGCAGUACAGCACGUACCAAACCGGCCGAGGACCCCAGGAUAAACCUCCGUCGACGAGCUACCCGGCGCCCGGCGAACGUGUCGAAGCACCGCCGUACAUGGCUCUUCCGCGGGCCGACAUGAAACCGUACCUGGAAUCGUACUUUAUCGAUGAACACAAACGGCAGCAGCAUCAGCAACAGCAGACGCAGCAACAGUUGCACCGCCAAGGGUCGCCAGCUAUGGCGGCCCAGGCCCAUCAUCAUCCAACGGCUGCACACCAUCCACCGCCACAGGCCAGUGCUCGCGGCAACGAUCACCAUCAUCGGAGCCAUCCGGCGCCGGUUGAUCGCCGUGAAGCGCCGAUGGCGCCGCACCUGAUGGACGAUCGGAUGGACCGACUGAACGGAAGCCCGCCGCUGGAAGGUCUGGCCGCAAGUCUUCAAGCGCGCGUAAUUGCCCAGCUCAAGAGCAAGGAGGAAGACGAAGAGCGACACCGUCGGGCCGACCUGAUGGCGAUGCACAACUCCGGCCCCGUCGGAAGCAAUAGCAUACAACUAGUACAAACACCUCACCUGAAAGUCGAUAAAUACCCAUCUGGGCUGAAGCGCACCUCGCCCAUUAUCGAGAACCCGCCGCGACCUCCCAAGAUGCUGUACACCGACUGCUCGGACGUAAUGAUCACGCCGGAGCUGUUGCACGCCGCCAGCCGAGGAGUUUCGGGCCCGUCGCGCAACAUGGCACUGAUGAGCCCGGAGAUAAACUCACUGACGACGGUCGGCGAUGAUCGGCACCAUCUGCUGCGCCACGGCAGGAACGACGUCGACGAUGACGUUGGGGACGAUGAAUCGAGCUGGCACGACCGCGUCAGUUCCGGGUUCGAUCGGUUGGUGGCGUUUGCGUCGACGGAGCUGGACAAAACGCGUCGAUCGAACGAGGACGCGCCGCCCUCGUCCACCAGUUGCACUACCUCGCCGGACUCGGGCAUCAACCAGAGUGACCACAGCCGCACCUUCCUGUCGUCUUCUUCGUCCUCGUCGCAGCUGGACGUGCCACCGAGCAGUGUUAGUGCGGGAAGCGGAAGCAGCAGUAGCAGUGGCGGCAUGAUGAAGCACAUUGUUCCAAUCAUCAAGUCCUCGCCGGCGGAACCGGUCGAAAGUCCUCCACUGUCGGACGUUGGACUGCCACGGACGCCCAGCCCCUCGUCGAGUCCACCGUUGAUGUAUCAUCAGUCUGCUGCGGCCGCGUCUGCAGCAGGUCCUCCUUCGGCAGCUGCGACUGCCAAUCUCAUGCACGGAAGUAACAGCCUCAAGAUCCCGCUCAAGUACCAGCGCCAAUCGAAGGUAUCUUCGGAGAAGCACUACAAGAAAAAGUUCCGCGAACGCAACUGGGAAGAGUACGAGGAAAGUCUAAGUGGACGGCUCAGCUCGACGGGCAGCGCGGAACCGUUAGACCAGGACUUUACCGAUGGAUUCGGGGGUGGUUCGGCAGGGACAAGUGGUGGCGCCACGAUGGCGGUGGGACCUCCGCUAGAUGGAGGAAUUCAACAGGGAACGACGAUGACGACGACUGCCACCACCAACAGCAAUGACCAGCACCAUCACCACCACAAGCACAAGUCGGCCAAAUUUCGCCCAAAGGGAAAGGAUUGGAACUGGGACGACGAACACUCGAACACAUCCUCCUCUAGCUCUAGGCACCGACCGGGCAACACUUCGACAUGAGACGCUGUGGCUAGAAAGCAGCAGUAGCAAGCAAGCCGUUCCUUCACAUUUGACGACAUUUUCAUUUAGGUGUACGAGUUAUCUCUCCCAGAAGCCAUAACCGCCAAGCAAUUGCUCAAUAUUUUCGGUGACAAACAAAUUAGCUUAGAAGAACCUUGUUUGAAAGACUGAAUUCUGACUAAAAUUAACUUUUAAUAUAUUUAUACACAAUAAAGUUUCCAAAUUGUCGACAGUCGUGGAGUCAUCUCUCAUCUUUGAAACUACAUUUAAACCUGCCACCUCCGGUUGCUGUACGGUCACAAACUUCAACUUUAAUUUUACCGCAAAUCUGUUCGGAGCUUGCAGUUGAACUGAUGCACAGUUCGUGUUCACAAAGUUAAUUUGAGCAAUUCUCGCAAGGAUAUCCAGGGUUUUUUUUUUUGUUACUCAAGAAGCCAUUUCAAAACACUGGUUCGUUCAUUCAUUUUUAACAUUUGCCAUUUUGGCAAUACAUACAAAACAACCAUAAAAAUUUAUUUUAAUAUCAGAGUUUCUAAUCGACUUUGUUAAUCAACCUAAAAUAAUUUUUGUUCAGUAUCUUGCAUAUAACACAUAAAUUUUAGGCAAUCUAGGUACUUGAAGUUCUCGUAUUUGUUGUUUGGGAGGUGCAAGUUCUGUGAAAAGUAAUUACGCUUUUCGGUACUUGCAGUUCACCUCCGUGUUCGGGAAGCGCUUUUCCGGUGACCAACUUCAUUCAUUCUAGGUUCUUAAAGUUUACGUCGGCACUAGAGAAGCACACAUUUUGCUCCGUGUUUAAAUCACGUUGAAAAUGUUUUAAAACUUUGCAUUGUUUCGAAAGUUAACAAAUGAACAUUGACCGGUUUUUGAUAUUUAGCUUGCUAUUGCUAUAUAGCUUGAUAAAAAAUAAUAAAAAAAAAAACAUUUAAAAAUUGUUGAUUUUUUUUUGCACAUCUGAAAAAUAAAAUCUCAACUUCAACAAAAUUUAUCAGAAAGUUCAUCGUUAUUUUUUAAAUUAUUUUCAUAACAUUUUCUGCCAAAUUGUAUGGACGAACUUAUUGUGCAAACCGACUUCUUUAGCCAUACAGAAAAAAAACUCACAAAGGUUAGAUCAAACUUAAAAGUUCUAAAAUUAACACUGUUCACAGCCCUGGAGAAUUGCCCAUCCGUCAUUCCUCGCGUUGACUUAUUCCCAAAACGCGAGCUCAAUUAAAUUCAAAACAAACCAUACUGCCACACUACUCUGUUGUUGGAUCGUUUACAGUCAAUUACAGUUUCAGUUUAGUAGAGCUAAGUUGCACCCCCCAAACCACAACAACAAAAUAAAUAAAAACCUUGUCUGUCGAAUGUGUAUCGAAUGAAGCAAAGCAUGUGGUUCUAGAUUCUACUUUAGCGAAACGAGCGGACCGCGUUUACAAUCGAUCGUCCCGAGCCAUUCUAGUAACGUACAAAUAUGCAACUAAGUAACAACACAAAUGCGUGGAGAAAAAAUAUAUUUGUUGGUAAACGAAAACACAAAGCAAACAAAAAAAGGCAUUCGUAUUGAACAUGGGACAUAAAUUUGCCCAAUUUUUUACGAGUAAAUUAGAGGAAAUCAUUGGAAAAAGGUAGCAAUUGACAAGCAGAAUGCAUAAAAUAAUAAUUAUCUAGAUUCUUUAGAUUGAACGGAUGGAAUGAGGCGGCCAAAAGCAUCUUAUUUUCAUCUUUUAAAAGAAUAAACAACUUAGAUCUUAGCAGGGAAACGAACAAGUUGCAAAACACCUCAGAUAUCUACACAUAUUUUUAUGGAUUUCCGAGAACAUUAGAUUACAUACAUGUGUAACAGUGCUGUACAUAGAGUAACAUAAUACUUUGCGAUGGUUUUAUUUUUAGUUUUUGUUUUAAAUGCCCACCCCUCCGAGUGGUGCAAUUGCAAUCAUUUCUUAUUCAAUUGACGAUAAGUAGCCAAUCAUUUAUUUCUCGCUGUAGCUUUACGGUUGUUAAGAAAAAUUAUGCACUAGGCAGAACUGCAGAAAAACUGCAAGGUAAAAAACCAUAUUUAAAUUAUACAUACACUGCAUACUCACAUGAAAAUAAUCGAAACAAAAUAAAAACACUACCAACCAGAUGCCCCAAAUCGAUACAGUUUAUAUAUAUUUCUACGGGUUUGGUUCGAACAUCCACCUCUAGAAACUGUUUUAAAAAGCAUAGUUUAGCCAAGCACAAACUCGGCUUAUCAUCCCACACAAACAAACACACACCCCAACAAGGAUGCUAAACUUGGGAUAUCGCGAGAAAAAAAAAACACGUAAAAUAAUGCAUUAUUAAACAGCAAAACAAACAUACAAAUAUGAUCUAAAUAAAAACUACCUUGAUCGAUAAGUAAUGUAAUUUUAUAGAAUUUUAAGCCUAAAUCAUAAAUACAAAGUCCCUUCUCCACGAGAGGAUGAGUAACGUUCGACAACACUCAGCAAUUCGUAACGCACCCCGCGCGCUCCGUUAUUAGGUUGACACUCUAAAAAAAAAAGAAAGAAAGAGUGAAACCCAAUAAGCAUGUCGCGAAAAUGGGUACUGUAGCAAAACAGAAAAAAUAAAAUGUAAUUUAUUGUGAGUACUCUAAGUAUGUAACAUAGUUCGAUUAAUUUAUGGAAACCAACGUGAUUUCGCUCUUGUUAGGUUAUUUCUUUUUAUAUAAUUUUAUUUAUAAACAAAAAAAAACAUUUUUUGUCUCAUGUUAAAAUAAAUCGGCACCGUAAUCCGUAAUCAGGCGAAACUUUGUGAGCUAGGAUAUUUGUUUGCGAGCUGAAAAAAGAAACUAAUAUGAAUGCAAGUAGUAAUACGCAGAAGGAAGAGAAAUAAAAACUAGGCGGUACAACCUAAGUAGUUCCAUUUUAUUAUGAUUGAAAAAAGGUGACAUCUACUGUACUAUUAUUACACCAAUAACUAAAAUAUAAUUAAAAAAAUAUUAAGAGAAAAAUAAAAUCCAUGCUAUCACA